GUCACCAUAAUUUCAAUCCUUAUUCAGAAUCGAAACCAGAAAUGCUCUGGAACGCAAGCACUUCUCAGUAUUUGUCUUUAUGCAAAAAGGACACCGUCAAAAGUCAUCGAUGCUCUUGCACAUGCCGGUAUCUGUUUCUCUUAUUCAAGCAUACUGAAUAUGAUUGGCUCGCUAUCUCAAGAUCAUACACGCCAACUAAAGAGGCUCAAGGGCGAUGGAAAACUUUCCCGUGUCAUGCUUGCAUAUGAUAAUUUCGAUGUCAACAUCUCUACUUCUCAGCCAACUAUACAACGACAAGGCUACAUGCUCAAUGCCACCUCUGGUAUCUUCAUCCCUCUUGCUCAUGUUGACCCUGAAUCUCUUCGUGUAUCGGACCACCUUUGGCACUCAUAUGCAUACUACUUUCGUCGAAUCCUUGUUGAACUUGCUCCUGAUUUUGCCAAAUUCAAAAGGAAUCUUGGCCACUUAGCCCCUGUCAUGCAAGUCCCAGUGAUCAAGAGUGAAAUUCUCCCUGCCCGGGCAAUGCAUCUACAGCAAUCGACAAUAGAUGACAAUAUUAGGGCUAUAGAAGACUUACACCGUCAGGCUGGCUAUCAAGCGGCAGACCUGUACAAUUACGUCCAGCUAGUGCAUGGAGACCUUGGAGCCUUCGAAAAACUCGAGUCGGCUCGUGAGCAUCGUGCUGCCGAAGAGACACCUGGACUCCGAAUGCAGUAUCUUAUUCACAUUCCAGGUCUCUUCCAUGUUUGGAUGGCAGGGCUCGAAGGGCUAUAUAGAGCAUGGUUUUCCCCUUUGGCCCGUCUACAUCCUGAGAAAGAGAAGGAAAAUCGAAAGAAGACCAAUCAUACUGGUGUCAAACAUACAGAUGCUCUCCGCUGGCUCACACUACUACGCCCAAAAGAAAAGGGAAAAUUCUCCUCGAGUUCUAUGCCAGACCUUCACCGCCUCGAGUCUUCACUGACUCAUACUAGCUGGGGGCUUGUACUGGACUGCUGGCGUCUUGCUGUUAAGGCUAAAGACCCAAGAUGGGAAACCCUUGCUGACUGGGUGAAGUCUAAACCAAAAUGGGAAGAUAUUGUCGCGAUUUCCCAUGAAAUGGUGGAACAGUUCUUGCCUGGGCCUGCAUUUGACCGGGAAAGGUUAACUGCGAAUGCUGAUCAGGUCAACGCAAACUCGAAAUUGUAUCUUCGUGACCUCAUGGAUUGUACGAUCUUCAAGGCAGCAGUCUCAUCUGGGGAUAUCGGGCGAGUGGAGCAGGUGCUAUAUUCUUGGGUGCCAAUGUGGAAAUCGACUGGGAAGCAUAAAUAUGCAAGGAUGAUAUCCAAUUUCCUAUAUCGCCUUCGUUUUGAGUACCCCGAACCACUGAGUCACGCAAUACGUAUGAAUUGGGUGUUUUGUCCUACGGGGAAAAAUGGCCAGUAUCGGGCCGUUGAUUGGGGCGUUGAAGAGCUAAAUCUUCACACAAAAGUGCUCUGGGGUGGUGCAGGUGGUCCAUCGAGAACGUGGAAUCUAAUCUAUAAACACUCUAUUCUGGUGGGAACAUUCCGAAAAGCGAUGAAAAGUUUGGAGAGAAACUUCUAUAUAAAAAGCACAGCUGUUCUUCACCCACCACCCAAAAUAGAGAAGACACUGAAGCGCCUGGUGGACGGAAUUAAGGUAGUUAAUCCUAACAAAUACAUUGAAGGUCGGAGAGCCGAUGCAUGGAUUCCAAACCACAUUACACGCGGCCGUCGAAUGAUGCAGGAUGAGAUCAAUGUGGCAAGCAGAGAAGUGGUGGAUAUGGAUGGAAAUCAGCCUGUCGUGGAAAAUUUAGAUGAUGUAGGCACUGGAAGGGAAGCACAAGAAGAAUGGAUGGAAAUCGACGAUGCACUAGUUGAUGAGCAGCCGCAGUAG